AUGAUACCUGAAUAUCCCACCGAAGUUGGGAGGCAAGAUACCACAUCCGACAACUACAGUGACAUGGAUGGAUCUCAAGAUCUGCAGACAGAAAACGUGCAGGUCGGUGAAGAUGACGAUGAUGUAACGGUGGUGGAUACUUCAUGUGAUCCCUCUGAAGACGUAUCAUCCCCAACGAGCGGUGAGCUAAAGUCGAUCAUGCCAGACUCGAUCCAGAUGUGCGAGACAGAUGCAGUCAAAGUGGAACAGGUUGAGGAGG